AUGGCCCCUUAUGGCGGUGACCAACACAAACACAACACAAAUGAUGACAGCAAUGACAAACACAACUACAACAUCAAAUACAACAACACAGAUGAUGUCUACCUUAAACACAACACCAGCGACAACCACCACAUACACAACAAUGCAAAUGACAGCAACAGCAUCAAAUUCAGCAACUCCAGAGGCAACAGCAAUGCUAACCACAGUAGCACCAAUGAUGACGACCCCAAACACAGCAAUGCAAAACACAACUACAACAUCAAAUACAACAACACAGAUGAUGUCUACCUUAAACACAACACCAGCGACAACCACCACAUACACAACAAUGCAAAUGACAGCAACAGCAUCAAAUUCAGCAACUCCAGAGGCAACAGCAACGCUAACCACAGUAGCACCAAUGAUGACGACCCCAAACACAGCAAUGCAAAACACAACUACAACGUCAAAUACAACAACACAGAUGUUGUCUACCUUAAACACCACACCAGCGACAAUCACCACAUACACAACAAUGCAAAUGACAGCAACAGCAUCAACAACUCCAGAGGCAACAGCAACGCUAACCACAGUAACACCAAUGAUGACGACCCCAAACACAGCAAUUCAAAACACAACUACAACGUCAAAUACAAUAACACAGAUGAUGUCUACCUUAAACACCACACCAGCAACAGCAACGCUAACCACAGUAGCACCAAUGAUGACGACCCCAAACACAGCAAUGCAAAACACAACUACAACGUCAAAUACAACAACACAGAUGAUGUCUACCUUAAACACAACACCAGCUACAACCACCACAUACACAACGAUGCAAAUGACAGCAACAGCAUCAAAUUCAGCAACUGCAGAGGCAACAGCAAUGCUAACCACAGUAACACCAAUGAUGACGACCCCAAACACAGCAAUUCAAAACACAACUACAACGUCAAAUACAACAGCACAGAUGAUGUCUACCUUAAACACCACACCAGCGACAAUCAUCACAUACACAACAAUGCAAAUGAUAGCAACAGCACCGAAUUCAGCAACUUCAGAGGCAACAGCAACGCUAACCACAAAUUUGUGUGUUUGUUUGAUAAAGAAUUUGGAAAUGCAACCGCAAGUUACAAGGCUGUUGCACCAUGUGAACCAGACAAGGUGGGAGAGAAGACAGCAGUUUGUAAGGAAAAUGGAAAAUUUGAAGAUCGCCAAGACAACUGCAUCAUUCCACUUGUUCAGGAGCUCUUUGUGCAGUCUCAGUCCCUUAAUAGUAAUUCACUGCCAGAAUUCUUGGAUGAGCUCAGCAACAUCACUGUCAGUGUCACUCAGAACGUGGCUGAAUCUCCUGCAACCAUCAGGUCCAUUGUUCAAAUACUCAGAAACGUAGCCAACGCAUCAUUAUCAUUAACUAUCUCUAUAAGCAGAACUUCAAUGGAGGAUGUGCUGUUAACUGUAGGUGUUCUCACAACAGAUGGGGCCAGAGAGUCAUGGAACUUUCUGAACACCAGAACCAUGUCAUCAACAAAUAACGACUCCACCGCUGAAAGUGUCAGCUCAUUGUUGUUGCAGUCUCUUGAGAAUAUAACAUUAGGCCUUACCAAUGGCACUUUUGACAUUUAUACUCCUUCUAUUAUCUUGAACAAAACUGUAUUCACAAAUAUUUCCAGUCCUGACUUCAAUUCUUCAGUUAAGAUACACAUACCAGAGUCUGAUGGAGGAAAUAAGUCAAUCACUGUUAUAACUUUCCUCUCAAUGGAUAAUGUACUCCCUGCAAGAGACGAAGGCAAUUCAUCCCUCAACAUUAUCAAUGGAAGGGUUGUACUUGUUCAGUCCAAUGGCACCAUCAAUAAUAUCUCACUCUCAUUUGAUGUCAUACACAACACUCUUGACAAUCCUAAAUGUGUUUUCUGGAACUUCAGUUUCUUUGAUGGUCUUGGAGGAUGGGAUGACCAGGGCUGUGAGUUGGUAUCCAGUGUCAAAGGAAUAGUCACCUGCAACUGCAACCAUCUGACCUCCUUCUCUAUCCUUAUGUCACCCAGUGGUUUCAUUAACCCUGUCCUGGACUAUAUAACCUACAUUGGAGUUGGCAUAUCCAUCGGCUCCUUGGUCAUAUGUCUCAUCGUUGAAGCUGCCAUAUGGAGACAAAUAAGAAAAAACAACACGUCUUACCUGCGUCAUGUUUCCAUUGUUAACAUUGCAGUGUCUCUUCUGAUUGCAGACAUUUGGUUUAUCAUCGGAGCAGUCAUUUCAGAGGCAGUGGAAACAAACACCCUAGAAUGCACUGCAGCUACAUUUUUUAUCCAUUUUUUCUACUUAUCCCUCUUCUUCUGGAUGUUAGCAUCAGGUCUGCUGUUGCUCUACCGCACCGUCACUGUCUUUGAAGGGGGUUUGUCUGAAACAUCUAUGUUGGCUAUUGGGUUCUCUCUAGGAUAUGGGGCACCCAUCAUCAUUGCAACCAUUACUAUAGCUGUAACUGCACCCAAAAAUGAAUACGUCCAAAGUACUGGGUCCUGCUGGCUCAACUGGGAUGAAUCAAAGGCUCUACUGGCAUUUGUGAUACCUGUGCUGUCAAUAGUGCUUAUAAACCUCUUAAUCAUUGCUGUGGUGAUAUAUAAGAUUGUGAGAAGGGUGGGGAUUGAUGCUGCACAAACAGCUGAGAGUCAUGUUGUUGUGGUCAUUGCCAGGAGUUUGACUGUGCUCACACCGUUUUUUGGAUUCACUUGGGCUCUGGGAGUUGGAACAUUAGCCAUCCCAAACAACAGAGGAAUCCAUAUUGCAUUUGCAUUGUCCAACUCACUGCAGGGUUUCUUCAUAUUGGUGUUUGGAACACUUUUGGACAAAAAGGUGUGGUCAGAAUUAGCAGUAAUGUCACAAACUGUCAAAAGUGGCACGAGGAGCACCAGUGCUGGAUUCUCUCCAAGUGGACCGCAAUUUUUGUGGUACUGGAGACGAAGAAGAGAUGGGUACGAAGUUUCAUCUGGUCCAUCAUCCAGUGACUCUCUCUCUUUCAUCAACACAUAAUAUCUGGAGACAGCUCUGGUCAGUCGGAAUAACAACUAACUCAGCACCCAGACAAUUAGCAUUAAGUUAGUUAGUUGCUAGUUAUUACUAUUUUGUUAUUAGUAUUAAUUUCUGGUGUCAUUAUUAUUAUUUCAUCUAAAAAGUCAGGUUUGGCUUUUGAACAAAUUUGGAACAAAUUAACAAAGUAGCAUGUCGGUUGAAAGUUGUAUGUGGUCCAAACAACAGUCAUGACAACGCAGUCCUUUGUUGUACACACUAGCAAAAUGUUUAGUAUGGUGGGGUUUUUUUGUAUAAUAUUGUAUUUGCCCUUUGCAACAU